AUGCAUGCCGCUGUAUACAAUCACGCCGUAGACCGCGGUAUUGACAUUCGUCUGGGCCAUAGAGUCACGGACUACUUUGAGGAUGACGAGCAGGCAGGCGUCGUGGCCAACGGCGAGCGUCUGACUGCCGACGUAGUAUUCGCUGCUGAAGGAGUCCGGUCGCCCGGUCGGAAGAUUGUACUGGGCUUCGAGGAUUACCUCAAGUCUUCUGGAUACGCGGUGUAUAGGGCUUGGUAUCCCGCGGAGAGGCUGCGGAAUAACGACAUUACCAAGCAUCUAGUUAGUAAUGGAGACUGGAUGGGUGGCUGGAUUGGACCUGAUCUGCCCUUCCUGUGCUCGUGUUUAACAGAUGGACAGGACUUCAACUGGGCUCACACUCAUAAGGACCUGGCAGAUAUUGGCGAAAGCUGGCAGUUCCCUGGUACAGUCAAGGAAGCCCUGACCAAUAUGGAAGGGUGGUCUCCUGUCGUGCAGGAGAUCAUCAAGGCAACCCCCGAAGGACGACUUAUCGACCACAAGCUAGUCUACCGUGACACCUUGCCGACCUUCAUUUCUCCUAAGGCCAGGAUAGCGCUCAUUGGUGAUGCCGCGCACCCAUUCCUGCCGACCUCAAUCCAAGGAGCCGGCCAAGCGCUCGAGGAUGGAGUGACCCUUGCCAUCACGCUCGAGCUAAGCGGCACGGAUAAGAUCACACAGGCCGUCAAGGCGUACGAGAAGAUACGGUAUGAUCGCGUUCGAGAUGCCCAGGCGCAAGGUGUCCGUACACGGGAACGCUGGCAUAAGGCGGAUUGGGAAGAGGUUCGCAAGGAUCCGAAGCGUUUCCAUCUUCUGCGAGAGGCAUGGCUGCUCGAUUUCGAUGCCGAGGCGCAUGCAUAUGAAGUAUUCGAUGAUGCGAUAAAGGAGUUGGCUUGA